CAACCCCCCGCUCCCCUAUGCUUGUGUCACGAAUCGCCUAAUCACGAGCACCAUUUCCUCGGCCAUAUGCAUCGAAAAUCCAAAUGGGAGAACCUGCUUGGGAUAACUCAAGCAACAGCACUCGCCAUUAAAGGUUUCGGAUCCAAGUCCAACGAAUCAUUCAAUCAUUCAAUCAGCACAGACACUCAUGACACAAUCAUCAGUUUUGGUUAGCUGGAGCUCAUCGCUGGGCAGCGCCAACUGUGCGGUUGAUUCUGGCUUUUUGUUUUCAAGCUUUCAAACCUACAAUGGCACCUCCCGCGAUCAAACGGCCGCGUCAAUCCUUGACACGUAGGCUGAUGACAGGUUCUGUUUGGUUUAUGGCAACCCGUACGCUGAUGACAGGUUCUGUUUGGUUCAUGGCAGGUUCGUUCACCACUCGAUGGCUGUCUGGGGAACCUGCCGGAAGGUGGCUCAGCGAGCAAGCGCUGAGCUCAUGCGGCUCGUCCAUGUCGUCUCUUUGCGAGACUCUGCCUCCCAAGAAUGGCAUUGGAGUCAACUCAACCAGCAAAGAAAUUUUGCACCUGCAGCCUCUUCUUGCAAAUGAAAUGGAUAGAAUGGACUUUUUGGGCAGUUCGAAGGAACGACGUCUUGAACUUCCGCCUCCUCCCCAAGAGAUUGACGGUUCCAGCACUGGAACAAAGCAACUAAUAAGGUAUUUUGAAGCGAGGCAUCAAAUCAAUGAGACAAUGCACGGCAAAAACAAGAGCAAGGAUCUUUCCGGUACUGCCUAUGAGAGGGCGCAGGUUGUGAAACAUGCACCUUGGAUGCCACGACGAAAAAUGUGCAAAGAAUCAUGUUGUGUUGAGGCUGUGGCCAUCUCCCUUGCUCAGGACGAACACCAGAUUAUCCAUGGAAGGGAUGCAAUGGACCUGUCUGAUUUGAUGGUCCGGCAUUACGAUCGGAGUCACAGGAAAGGAGGUAGAGUCCAAUUUCAUGCCCAAAUGCUGAACGAAAAGAUGCUUCCCUGCCUUGUGCCAGGAACAACAAUAUUCGUGGAGAAUCAUCACAAGGAUCUGCUCUAUUUCUGGCAAAAACUACGUCCUCAGAUUGAAGUUCCUUAUGUUCUCAUCACAAGUCUCUCAGAUGGAAAUAGCCCCUUCGCCAGAUCUGAAAACAUUGGAGACCCACUUCUGAUGAAGUGGUAUGGCACAAAUCCCAAAUACUCAAAGCAUCCCACUUUCCAAAAGCAUUAUGAAAAGAAGUUCAAGCCAAUGCACUUAGGACUUGCUGGAUUUGGUUUUGUCAAGCAAGAGCAGCACCUCCUGCCAUACCUGAGGCUCAACAACUUUACCAAUCCUUUCUUGGACAAAGCAAGGUGGGACUUUUCGAUGGAACCAUUUGACUUUGAGAAAGAUGUGUUUAUUCAUUUUGGGCUUCACAAGGACCACAGAAGAGCUCUCUGGCAGGUCUUGUGUCCCAAUGCCUCUGCCACAAGCGUGUCCUGUAACAGAAAUACCAGGACCUUGGCAGUCACCGAAAUCUAUGCUGAGACGAGCAAACAUCGAUUUGGUGUGAGUCCAGUUGGUGAGGGCUACGACUGCUACAGAACAUAUGAGUUGCUUUUACUGGGUGUCAUUCCUAUCAUUGAAGAAAGGUACCCCGAAAGCCACGAUCUCUUUGAGGGGCUCCCUGUGAUCCAAAUGCCAAACAUGAGAAAUGCUAACAGUACUCAACAAUUCACUGAAGCAAUCAAGAGUUACAUUGAGAGUGACAAGUUUCAGAAUGCAAACUUUGAAGACGGUUGGCAGAGGCUCUUUCUCAAGUAUCAGAGGCAGCAGCUUCUCCAUGACACUGGUCGUGACAAGGAAAUUUUGGUGGACGAGCAGGGGAGGGAGUACUACCAGGCUUAUCACUACUCUGUGAGAGACAAAAGCGCUGAAAACAAGGUAUUUUGUAGCGAGAAAGGCAGUUGUGAGUUCAAAAAUGGAGGGUUGGGAAAGAAGGAUUGGCCUCAACGAAAGACUCAAACCCAAUGGGGAGAGCAGUGGGCAAAAAGUGGUAGAUUCUAGAUCGCAUUGUAUCCAGUUUGCAGGAUUCUUCUAGCAUUGUAUAAUUGCUAAUUGUAAGUCCGUACUAGCUCU